ACCAACUGACGUCCCUCACUCCCUCCUUUUCAGUUUCAACUCAGUGAUAUCAUAGCGACCUCGUAGUCAGAGACACUUACAUGCUUCUUUAGAGUAGAGAGCCAGCAGCACCUACUUUUGCCGCCCUGCGAGCCGUGGAAAGGUCGAGAACACCGGGGUCGUCUCCUUGCCGAAGUUGGCGAACGAACGUGUCGGCGAACGAACUGCAGCGAACCAAAAUACGCACAGAGAUGGACGAAAAGGCGUUCACGAAAGAGAUAGAUCAGUGGAUCGAGCAGCUCAACGAGUGCAAGCAGCUGUCGGAGGGACAAGUUAAAGCACUGUGUGAAAAGGCAAAGGAGAUCCUGACCAAAGAGUCAAAUGUCCAGGAGGUGAGAUGUCCGGUGACAGUGUGUGGGGACGUGCACGGCCAGUUCCACGAUCUCAUGGAGCUGUUUAAGAUCGGAGGGAAAUCUCCAGACACAAACUAUUUGUUUAUGGGAGACUACGUAGACAGAGGGUACUACUCUGUAGAAACCGUCACUUUAUUAGUAGCACUUAAAGUACGCUUUCGUGAGCGUAUCACAAUCCUUAGAGGGAACCACGAGAGCAGACAGAUCACACAAGUGUACGGCUUCUAUGACGAGUGCCUACGGAAAUAUGGAAACGCCAAUGUUUGGAAGUACUUCACAGACCUGUUCGACUAUUUGCCCCUCACUGCCUUGGUAGACUCUCAGAUUUUCUGCCUCCAUGGAGGCCUGUCACCGUCCAUAGAUACUUUGGAUCACAUCAGAGCACUGGACCGUUUACAGGAAGUACCACAUGAGGGUCCCAUGUGUGACCUGCUAUGGUCAGACCCUGAUGACCGAGGUGGCUGGGGCAUCUCCCCUCGAGGAGCCGGCUACACCUUUGGCCAGGACAUCUCUGAGACUUUCAACCACGCCAACCGCCUCACACUGGUGUCCCGUGCCCACCAGCUGGUUAUGGAGGGUUACAACUGGUGCCAUGAGAGGAAUGUGGUGACAAUAUUUAGUGCUCCCAACUACUGCUACCGCUGUGGCAACCAGGCAGCUAUCAUGGAACUAGACGAUACCCUGAAAUAUUCAUUCUUGCAGUUUGAUCCCGCCCCCCGCAGAGGAGAGCCACAUGUCACUCGCCGCACCCCAGAUUACUUCCUGUGAUCUCUGACCUCAGACCCUUGUACAGUCAGGUCCAGUUUUGCCAUGAUGUAUGACUUCCAACCGAACAACAUGACUGAGGAGGGGAGGGUGGGACACUGGGUGGGUGGGAGGGCUACACUGCAGUGCACAUUGUAUAUCCACACGACGACCUGUUUAAGCAUUUAGGGAAAACAAUGUCUGUUUGUCUAUGAAUGGACCAAAAGAUGUGUGCCAUAAUCAUUACAUCCUCUACCUGUGUAGCUGGACAGAUGGCACUGAGGUCCAAGAAGGAAAUGAAAUGCAGCUGUUUGAAUCCCACACGCCAUGGCUUAUAUUUAGGAGAUCUGAACAUGAUCUUUUUGCACUUUUGUAAAUCUAAAGAAAUGUAUCAUAUGUCAAAAAAUGAAAAUUAUUUCACACUACAGAUGUUUUUUUUUUUAAAUUACAAAUAAAGCCCCCAUCAGGCCAGCUUUACAGAGACAUUUUUCUUUAUUCUGUGUAACUUUCAACUACAACUCAUUUUUUGCAGUCACCCAACUUGGUGUAUAUGAAAGAUGUGUUCACAUCAACUCACUGACGCCCUCUGAACUACAGAGUCUGUAUUAACCCAACCAUUUGAAUAAUAAAGACAAACGUGGCUCUUUGAAAA